GAAACCCGUUCUUAUUUAAGUGGGCUUGUGCUGACAUUUCAGGCCCGAUGUGCACAAUCUUUGGCUAGCAGGCGUUGCAGGAAGCCGCGAACCACCUCCGAAAUCGGAGUCUCCAGCCUCCACGCAAUCAACUAAGAGCCUGUUAACAAUAACAUAGUCAUGGCUACGAGCAAGCCUCGGACAAGCAGCUUCUCUCGCAACCUUGCAACUGUAACAUCUAGUACUCCGGGGCUCAAGUAUGGUCCCAACGGCACCAUCUUUAUUUCAUCCGGGAUUCCAGACCUUGACAAGAUUUUAGGCGGUGGGUUUCCUUUAGGAAGCCUUGUCAUGGUGAUGGAGGAUGCAGAAGCUCCUCAUCACAUGCUUUUGUUGAGGAAUUUUAUGUCACAAGGACUUGUUCACAAGCAACCCCUUCUCUAUGCCAGUCCAUCCAAGGACCCAAAAGGAUUUCUGGGUACUCUGCCUACUCCAGGGUCAUCCAAAGAUGAUAAAUCUCGUGACCGUGAUCCUGAAAAUGAGAAUGGUUUGAGGAUUGCUUGGCAAUAUAAGAAAUACUUCAGUGAUAAUCAGCAUCAUUUUGAUAGUAACAGAGAUGUUAAGCACGAGUAUUGCCAUGACUUUGACUUGCGGAAGCCCUUAGAAAAGCAUUUUAUAAGUGGCCAACAUAUUGAUUGUGUCAGCAUUCUAGAUUCUCCAAAUCUUGCUGCUCUUCGUGACCAUUGUGCUACAUUUUUGGCUCAAUUUCCAAGAAAUGCUAGCAGCAUUUCUUCUGCCGGUCGAAUUGCUAUCCAGUCAUUUUGUGCUCCACAAUGCACAUAUUCCAACAUGGAAUGGGAUAUGCUUUCCUUUAUUAGAUCUCUGAGGAGCAUGGUCCGGUCUUCAAAUGCAGUUGCUGUUGUGACAUUUCCUCCUUCCCUUCUUUCACCAUCCUUCUCUAGACGGUGGCAGCAUAUGGCAGACACGUUACUGUCUGUCAGAGCAAUCCCAGAUGAGGACAAGGAAAUGGCAAAACUUCUCACUGGUUACCAGGACAUGGUUGGGCUCCUAAAUGUGCACAAAGUAGCACGCAUUAAUACACAGGUUCCUGUUAUUCUUGACACCACAACAUUCUCAAUAAAGUUGCAAAAGCGGAGGUUUCUAGUUUUAGAAAGUCUAAAUCAAGCGCCUAUUGACAGUUCAAGUGGGACUUCAUAUGGCACAUCUGCUAGUUGUUCUGGGUCAUCAAAGACUGGGACGCUGGAUUUUUAGUUCCUUAGUCUCACUUGUCCCUAUCACAAACAAGUUACUUUGAGAAUGAUCAACACUUGCCAGAAAAGGUGCUGCUUUUUGCCGCCCAAGUCCAUUAGGUUUUCUGAUCUUCAAUUGACCUUAGAAAUACUAUCAUCUGAAUAGGUCAUUAUGUAUACUUGGUAACAGAAGAAUUGCAAGUAGUGACCUUUUCUUUUUAUCUUUUUUGGGAUAUUUUUUGUGAAAUUUUCCAUUAUGGUGGUUUAUAAUUUUUAGGCAGUUUGCUAGACAGUUGAAGCAGAGAGGUGUAGCUUCUUAUUUCUUAGAGAAUAGAGUUUGAAAGAGAGAACUUGAGCGUGCAGAUAUUCCUUAUGAUUGCUGAACUGUGGAACUUCCCUGAAUAAUGUGUGCUUAUUGUAUAUAAAAACCUCAUACAGUGUUACUGACUAA